CCGGGUUCGGUGCGGAGAUGAAUGGGAUUGGACAUGGGGGGACCGCAGGCGGGGAGCAGCUUGACGUUUUCUGAUGCUGCCCGUUCUGGCAGCUGCUAACGCUUUCUUUGCAGAGGAAUACGAAGUGGUGCAUGUGCGUAUCGUAUUAUGCCGCGACGAGCUUGGUGGCUGAGUUGAGAUAUAAUGGAGCAUUCAUAUGCCUCUGUUACGAGCAGCAUCCCACGUAGCAAUGACGACGGACAUGGUGUUUCCGUCGGAUACGGAACAACAGCAGCGUUCCUUAUACCACGCUCGUUGCCGGUUACAAGAGCGAGAAGAGCUUGUGCAACGGCGGGCUAUUGUUGGGCUUUUAUUAGCCUUUUGCCGCGCGUGGUUCCCUUUGGUGGCGCUCUUCUAGUCAUUGGCUCGCCUAUUUUUGGAUACGGCCCGUAUAAGCAGGCUAUUGCCGUGAAAGGCCGCAUUUCUCACCCUCGUCAGCAGCGAAAGGAAAGCCAAAAACACGGUCACAAAAUAAAGCUUUUCACCGUCACGGCAUGCGCAAGCCACGCUUCGCCUUUGCCUGACAGCUGCAUCUGUCGUCUGGCCAUCUCGGCCCCAUGAUCGGAUCAGAACGCCCAAGCCCACGGCCAAGAGAUCGUGCCUAGUGGGCAGAAGCCGUGCCACCUGAUUUGCUGCCCUGAUUCCAC